UUCAUGUGUCCACAGCAACAAACAGAAGAUGGAUUUGAGCUCCAGUUUGGAACAAAUCAUCUCGGUCAUUUUCUGCUGACCAACCUCUUACUAGACUUGAUGAAGAAAUCGGCUCCCAGCCGAAUCGUGAAUGUCUCAUCAUUUGCGCAUAAGUCUGGAAAAAUGCAUUUUGAUGAUCUGCACUUGAGCGAUUGUUACGGCCCAUUCAAAGCUUAUCGACAAAGCAAGUUGGCAAAUAUACUGUUCACAAAUGAACUGGCAAGAAGGUUAGAAGGAACAAGUAUAAAUUGUUACUCACUUCAUCCUGGUGUUGUAAGUACUAACAUAGUUCACUACGUCACAUCCUGGAAACGUGUGCUUCUAGAAAUAGUGCGUCUAUUGCUGGCAAAUAAUCCUGAGAUGGGUGCACAAACUACAAUAUACUGUGCUGUUGAAAAGAGCCUGGCAAACGAAUCGGGGUGUUUUUACAGGUAGGUAGGCUGAGGUACCGGUUCAAUUGCCAUCGCUGUUCUCCUUGAUCUAAAAUGCAAGUUACGAUAGUGCACUGUCUUUCGGAUGAGACUUGCCGUUGGUCCCGUGUGCAUUAUGGUCCAUGUGCAAGUUGAAGAAAAUACGGGAAUGUCGGAAAAGAAUCGGGGAUUGCCACCCAUUCUGGCCGAUCACCACCAGAAGGACCCUAGUGAAAAUAAGUGCUUAAGUUCG